AUGCAAACUGAUCGCAUCCGCGAACGUCGCAAGAACCCUGCACAGGACGAGAUACUCAAAACUCUCAACCUCCUUCCGUCGGAUGCCCACCUACUUCUGGCCCCGGCAGACAUCGAGGACGAAGCCAAAUGGUAUGCCUGGUUCGCAUACACGCUCAAUAAGUGUGGCGAGGCCAAACGCGCGAAUCGCGACUUCAACAUAUCUGAUGCUGUCGCUCACAUACAAUGGGUCGACCCUAAUCCUUACGACGUGCUAUGUGAGGCCGAAGACGAGUUUGACGACUCGCCUUGCCCUGGACUAUACGCGGUGCCUGAUAACUCACCUUCGCCAACGAUGCCAAAGGCUUCAACACCACUGACACACCCGACCAAUUGUGACGACCUGUUCAACGACUGUGCACCUACGUCUCGCCUUGUCGCGCGCAUCGCUGUGUCUGACACGCGGACACAGACGGCGACGAACCCUUUCGUCAAAGCGUACAUCGACCGAGUACAGGCAACAGUUCUCAUUGACACUGGAGCAACCAGUAGUUUCAUCAGUGCGUCAUUUUGGCGUCGUCUCGGCCAGCCCCCACUCAAACAACCUCGCCUGGGCUUUGUCACUGCAGACAACUCGAAUCUCGACAUUUUGGAUUGCAUCGUCGGCCUCGACUUGCUCCGUUACUUGAGGGCUAUUAUCAACCUCAAGGACAAUACCCUGACACUGUCAGACG